GUUUUCCGGAAACCGGAUAAUGUGAACAUCCGCUCCAUUCCACAUCCGCAUCCUCCUCCGACAUAUUCGCAGCCAUAACGACCUUUUCCAAUUGACGAACGUAUCAUCACACCCACCAUGGCUGCCUCUUCGUUACGGCAGUCCCAAGCACUGCUAUUCAUGCAGCAUUGUCGCCAUCGCCACCCAUCUCGCCUGCUCCUCACAACCCGUCAAUCCUCCACCUCUUCACCCUACGCACCAUCAAACUUCAACCACACACCUGCGAACACACAGUCGUCAUCGCCUGCGGCAGAGGCACAGUCGGCCUCGCUCACACACUCCCUUCCGUCCAGUCGCCCGACCUACGCGCACCCACAAGCUCGGAAAUUCGCGGCCACCGAACUCGCUGGCACUAAGCUCACGGCUUGGACAUGGCUCAAGUCCCUCUUCGGCUGGCGACCGACGCCAACAUACAAACCAGCACCAUUCCGCGCGAACAACAACCCCUACCGGGCGCGCAAGCAGUGGCCGCCGGACUUCAACACGCUCGACCCGAAGCAGCAGUUCCACUUUGAGAAGACGUACCGCCGCAGAGCAGCCCUCAAGUGGGCGAGACCGGCUUGGAAUAAGAGUAUCAAGAUCUUACAACAUACGCUUAUCACGUUUACCCUCAUAUAUUUCAUCUUUAUUUGCGAGCCAUCACACGGGCAAGGGACGCCCUUCGAUGGGUUCCGUGCAUGGUUCUUCGACAAGCUCGGCAUGCUAGGCCAAUUGCCCGAAUCUACGAGACAGGAAGCGGGCAAAUUGAGUGAAGAUGCUAAGAAGAAACUUGCGGCUACUGUUGAUACAUCGAAUUCACCUACCAGCUCCUAACGCUACAUAACUUAACAUGAAUAUCAAG